GUGGCCACGAUAUUUCAAACAGGUGCAGAAAAUUGCCAACAUCGAUCAAUUUCCGUUAAUUUAAUGCAACUUCCAUGUAAAUUUAGAAUGCUAGAACACUAUUCUCACGUAUUACCGAAUUACAUUACGUACUAUGACGCGUAUUUCCUCCGUAAAAAGACAUUUCACUUGGAUGCAUCGAAGACCAGCACACUUGCUACGGUAUAAAAAUUAAAUUAACACGUAAUUAACAUACAACGAUAUAUUAAAUGAACCGAUUUAGAUAACUACGUACAUAUGUCCCGACGAUCAAUCGAAAGAGAUAUUUAAAGAUAAUUUUUGUACAGAAAGUGUAUAACAGUUAUAAAAUAUAAAAGUUAGAAUGUUUUAUCAAUUCGAAAUCUAUAGUUACUUUAUCGAAUACGCGAAUUAAACGUGGUAUUAUCGUGCUAUUAACGUAGCAAAAGUAAGGUGGAUUAAAAAAAUGCUACUAUGAGAAUAUCUGAUGGUUGACAGAAAAAAUAGCAAUCGGUUACUGUACAAGUAUUUAUGCUAACACGAUCACGGUUCGUGAAUGCAGACGAAUACACCGAAAUCUACUUCGGAAUGAUUUUCCACUAGCCGAUCAAAUUGAUCCCCGUUAACCUUGACAUUUUGCAUGGCACUCGCCAUGGAUUUAUUUUAGAAAGGUAAAACACAAUGUGCCACGAGAAACUCGCGAACCGAACGGGCUCGCUGGUUACUUUCCUUACAUGCACAGAGAUAGGAUACAUUCGCCGGAUACGAUGUUCUAUAUUCUGCAUUCUACAGGAUGAACGCCAACAACAGGACGAGAAAGCUUUGUCUAUUGGCUAACGGCCAAUUACCAACGAUUCGAAGGUGGUUUCACGCUGAGAUUGAGACUUUGAGCAGACAGGAAGAAACGUGACAUUUGAUCGAUUGGAACUUGGGACAAAAUUUCAGUGGUCGAAUGCUUGUAAAGGCCUUGUCCACGCAAAGGAAACUCUUCGUUUGUCCAUACGGUACUUGGCUGAAGAUUGCUCCCAAAAAGACCAAACCCUCAGCAUCCGAGGUCUUAACGAGUUAUCUCCUGCAAACGAACGAGCCACCAUGGACUUCGUAUUUUGUCAAGUAUGCCGACGUUGUGAACGAUCAAAGAGGGAUGUCCCACUUCAAUUGGCCAGUAGGCAACAGCAAUUAUCAUGUACUUAGAACCGGCUGCUAUCCAUACAUCAAAUAUCACUGCACCAAGAGGCCACGACAGGACCUCAGCGCCGAGGACAAAUUUUUCAAGGCGAUCAAGCUUCUGAACCUUGGUAUACCUACAUUAAUGUAUGGACUGGCAGCAAUUUUAUUGAUCAGGCACCGAGAAAUCGUGAACACGUCCCAAGGAAACGUAGCGAUAUAUUUCUUACUGCCCGAGGACAAAGGUUCCAUGUACUGAUAUACACGUAGAUGUACGCAUUGUAUUAAUUAAAGAUAAUUUUCGAUGUAAAUAAAACGUCAAAUGAAAAGCCUA